UGCCCCCGUUGUACGAUUGAGUGCACGCCUGCUGUCUUUGUUAGGCGAAAGUAAAAUCAGUUCGUGUAUAGCAAAAUGCCCUUUCGAAUCUGCUAUUCCGCCUUCACGCCGACAUGGACUGCUCCCGAUCUGGCCUAGCCUAAUGUGGCUGGGCAAUCGAGAUGUGGCGUUGCGGAAACACCGCGAGCAACACACGACUGCAAGCACACCUCACUCCUCCGUACAGAAUACUAUGAUAUGAAGCUGUCAUUCCCCUAACAUGGACGAUAUCGCCGGCCUUGACUGGUCCACGCCCAGCAAUCCCGCGUCGACAGCGAACAACACACCCGCAUUCUCCGCCCUUCGCCAGACCCAAACUCCUCAGCAGUCCGGACGCUCCACGCCGCUCUCUACGCAACAAUCCGGCGCCGGCGCCGCCUUCAAACCCUUCAAAGGCCCCUCCAAACCUGCCACCCCGGCCAAUGACAGCUUCGCCGGGCUUGUCAAUUUCGGCGCCUCCAAAUCCGCAAACUCCAAGCUCUCCCUUCAGGAGCGGCAGAGGCAAUUGCAGGAAGAGAAGCGGAAAGCCGAGGAAGAACGACGGAAGCAGGAUGGCACGCGUUUUGGAGCGGUCGACUCUCAGUUCUGGGACACGUUGGGAAGUGGAAGAAGCACCCCUGCUCAGAGUGCUGGAACUCGACAGCCUGCACAGAAUACACCUCGAGACACUCUCCAUGCUCCCCUGAAUAAUCGCAAUGCAGCGACGAACCGGUCUGUAUCACCGCUGGAAUCAGAGGACGACAUACUAGCAGCUUUCAAUUCCGCUGCUCCCGUGGACUCUUCCAGCCAUUACCCACCUCCCACAACUCUCGGAAACGAUCGAAGCAGUCAGCCAUCACCUUUCGAAGCUCCCAUACCUGACACCCAAACAACGCGAACGACUUCAAUCAACGUGGCGGAGGACGACGACGAUAUAUUUGGUCUCAAGCAGUUGUCAGGCACCCAACAACCUCCUGUGCAGCCAACUUCCUCCACCUUCGAUGGCGACGAUGACAUAUUGGGCUUACUGGGCAAACCCGUGUCCGACCUACCACCAAGGCCAGAUCCAAGAACCGAGGACCGUGAAGGAGCUAGAAGCGAACCGCCCGACCUCGUCAAUCCCCAGGCGAAGGCUGUCGCUGAGCUUGUUGAUAUGGGCUUUCCCGCCGACAAAGCUGCAAUUGCCCUUGCUACCACCGAGUCUGGACUUGAUGUGCAAGCCGCAGUCGGCUAUCUUCUGAACCAAGCGCACGCAGACGCCAAGCAAAAGUCCAAGGAACAUCACAGGGAGAUGCCUCUGCAAACUUCCGACGAUCUUGAUGAGCCUAUUCGUCGGCCCUCCGGCCGCUCCGAACUGAGAGAUGCGAAAGGCGGAGCGUCUAUACCUGCCUGGGCUCGCGGUGAAGACCAGCGUAGUCGGUCGGGUCAGCGCAGACCGGAAGGGCAAUCGAGCCAGGAGAAAGACGUUGCACAAUAUGCUUCAGAGAUAGGGAGUAGUCUCUUCAAAUCGGCCAAUUCGCUUUGGAAAACUGGCCGAAAGCAAGUUCAGAAAGCAGUUGCGGAGUUCCAGCAAGACGCCGACCCAAACGUGCCAAAGUGGAUGAGGAAUGCAGACGCUGGCGAACGGUCGUCAGGCAAGCAACGUGCCGAUGCGCCAUCCAAACCAACGCCAAGUGUAACGGAUGAGGCCAUGAUGUUGGAGUCUGGCGGACGACCGACUAAAUCAGCUCGUCGAACCGAAAUGCAGCGAACGUCAGACCGGAUACCGACAAACCCGUGGGAGCGAGACAACGCCCGCGAAAGGCUCCCAGAUCGCACUUCCUCCAACUCCCCUUCUUUGCGUCGACCGGAUCCCUCAACGGACAGACGACCAGCUACGAGGCUUACCCGUGAGGCAGUCGAAGAGCAGUCUGCACAGGGAUAUAUCAGCCCUGCACGACGGAAGAAAGCAUCACCUUCACCCAAUCCCCUUAAUGAAAACCAAGCGCUGCCAGCGCGACCGGCAGCUCAUCGGCCAACCCCACCUCAAUCGAACAACCCAUUCCUGCAAGCCUCUGCCACCCCCAAGUCCCGAAGUCCGGCAGUGACACCUCCACCGCCAAAGCCCAAAGCACCGCCUCGGCAGAUCCCGCCCGUAUCAUCAUCGGCCCUCAACUCGUCUGCACUCCAUCGACAGAAGGGCACCGAGGCCUUCAAGCGAGGAGACUACUCGGCAGCCCAUGCUGCGUACUCGUCUGCUUUGAGCCCCUUACCUAGCACGCACCCAAUCACCAUCGUCGUUCUCUGCAAUCGUGCAGUGACGAACCUUAAGGUCGGCGAUCCUAAAGCAGCAGUCUCUGAUGCAGAUGCAGCUUUAGUCAUUAUCGGGGAGACGAAAGGAGAAGGUGAAAAGAUUGACCUGGGGGCCACCGAAGGAGUCAAGGACAUGAAGGAGUUCUACGGCAAAGCCCUGAUGCGCAAAGCAGAGGCACUCGAACACAUGGAAAAAUGGGCCGAUGCCGGCAAGGUCUGGCGAGCGGCAGUCGAAGCCGGAGUCGGUGGUUCCGUCAGCAUCCAGGGCCGCAACCGCUGUGAUAAAGCUGCAGCCGGAGGUGAUAAGGCGGCAGCCCCUGCAGCACCAAAACGGCCUCCUGUCCGGAAACCGCCCGCACCGAAACCCUCCGCGCUGGCGGACCUUGGGGGAGCAUCGGAGCCGGAUUCCGAAGCCGUUAGGAAACUGAAAGAGGCGAAUGCCGCUGCCGAGAAGGCGGAUGAUGAGAAGUUUGCUCUUACUGAUCAGGUGGAUGCCAAGCUGGUGGCUUGGAAGGGUACCAAGGCGGAUAACCUGCGCGCGCUCUUGGGAUCGUUGGAUAAGGUGCUGUGGCCUGAGGCUGGGUGGAAUAAGGUCAAUAUGAGCGAUCUGGUCUUGCCCAACAAGGUCAAGAUCGUGUAUAUGAAGGCCAUUGCGAAGGUCCAUCCUGACAAGAUAUCUCAGUCAGCUACCACCGAGCAAAAGAUGCUCAGUGCCGCUGUGUUUGCUACUCUGAACGAAGCAUGGGAUAAGUUCAAGACGGAGAAUGGGAUGUGACGGCCCUUGUCUGUCCUGCUUCCAUCUCUAGACGUUGUGAUGACUAUCUGGUUUAGCAUUUUAGCAUUGAAGAUUAGACAAGCGCAGAUGAAGAUUUGGUUUCUGUCUUGUUCUCAAGAUUACGAGCAUCCUCAACUUGCCAAAGCAUUCUCUGGUAUAUAUGUAAUGAUCAGUGUCUGAGUCAGGCUAGUGCAGGUACGCGAACAUCACACGCCGAACCCCAGAUUUGCAUUUCCCCGGGCUUGGCACCGGUCAUUCCA